CAAACGAGGGCUUGUGUCCCGCGCAUGCGCAGCAGAAAGAGGCGGCGCGGAGGAGGAGCGCCGCCGCUCUGCCGCUCCGCCUGCCGCGCUACAAGUGUCCGAGUCCGGCUGCACUUCCUCCCUGCCACGGUCACCCGGCUCAACUUCUCCAGAGGCGUUAGAAAUGUACCGGUACUUCGGAGAGAUUCUCACCCGGGGAGCGGGCCGCGCCCUGGGCUCGGGGGGCUCCGUCCACGCCGCUCCCGCCGCGUUGCUGCUGCGGCACCGCGGCUACAGCCAGGCCGUGGACCGGGACGACGACCCGAACUUCUUCACCAUGGUGGAGGGCUUCUUCGACCGGGGCGCCGCCAUGGUGGAGGACCAUCUGGUGGAGGGCUUGAAGACCCGAGAGAGCGCCGAGCAGAAGAGGAAGCGGGUCCGCGGAAUCCUGCGCGUCAUCAAGCCGUGUAACCACGUGCUGAGCGUCUGCUUCCCCAUCCGGAAGGACUCCGGGGAGUGGGAGGUGGUGGAGGGGUACCGGGCCCAGCACAGCCAGCACCGGACCCCCUGCAAGGGAGGAAUCCGUUACAGUAACGAUGUGUCUGUAGACGAGGUGAAAGCUCUGGCUUCUCUCAUGACCUACAAGUGUGCUGUAGUAGAUGUUCCGUUCGGUGGAGCCAAAGCUGGAGUGAAGAUCAACCCCAGAAACUACUCGGACAACGAGCUGGAGAAGAUCACCAGGAGGUUCACCAUCGAGCUCGCCAAGAAGGGCUUCAUCGGACCUGGUAUCGAUGUUCCUGCUCCAGACAUGAGCACCGGGGAGAGGGAGAUGUCCUGGAUCGCUGACACCUACGCCACCACCCUGGGCCACAACGACAUCAACGCUUACGCCUGCGUCACCGGGAAGCCCAUCAGCCAGGGGGGGAUCCACGGCCGCAUCUCCGCCACCGGCCGAGGGGUUUUCCACGGCAUCGAGAACUUCAUCAACGAGGCGUCUUACAUGAGCCAGCUGGGCAUGUCCCCCGGCUUACAGGACAAGACCUUUGUCAUCCAGGGUUUUGGUAAUGUGGGUCUUCACUCCAUGCGUUACCUUCAUCGUUCAGGAGCCAAGUGCAUCGGGAUCGGAGAAAUGGACGGAAACAUCUGGAACCCCAACGGCAUCAACCCCAAAGAGCUGGAGGACUACAAACUGGAACACGGGACCAUCGUCGGGUUCCCGGACUCGACGGUGUACGAAGGAAGCAUCCUGGAGGCCGACUGCGACAUCCUGAUCCCAGCGGCCAGCGAGAAGCAGCUGACCAAGAGCAACGCUCACAAGAUCAAGGCCAAGAUCAUCGCUGAGGGAGCGAACGGUCCGACGACGCCCGAAGCCGACCGCAUCUUCCUGGAGAGAAACAUCAUGGUGAUCCCGGACAUGUACCUGAAUGCUGGCGGUGUGACGGUGUCGUACUUCGAGUGGUUGAAGAAUCUGAACCACGUCAGUUACGGUCGACUUACCUUCAAGUAUGAGCGGGACUCAAACUACCACCUGCUGAUGUCGGUUCAGGAAAGUUUAGAGAGGAAGUUUGGGAAACAUGGCGGUGCGAUCCCUAUCGUCCCCACCUCGGAGUUCCAGGCCCGGGUCGCUGGAGCAUCAGAGAAGGACAUCGUCCACUCGGGUCUCGCCUUCACCAUGGAGCGCUCUGCCAGGCAAAUCAUGCGAACAGCCAACCAGUAUGAUCUUGGUCUGGACCUUCGGACGGCGGCGUACGUCAACGCCAUCGAGAAGGUGUUCCAGGUCUACAAGGAGGCGGGGCUUACCUUCACAUAGAGCCAUCUGACUGCUUCAUCUUCAUCAACUUCUUCAUCUUCAUCAUCAACUUCUGUCUUCUCCUUCUCCUUCUCCUCCUCUCCUUCCUCCUAAGUGAAUAUGGAACAUAUCCAAACGUAUAAAAGCCUUAAAGCCUUAAAACCUGCGACGCUCAUGUCCUGAAGCAUCGAUCAGCUGACCGUGUGUGUGUGUGUGUGUGUGUGUGUGUGUGUGUGUGUGUGUGUGUGUGUGUGUG